AUGCGGCAAGACGCCGAGAGAGAAGGCAAAGUUGUGCCUUUCCAUGAGAUUGUAGCCAACACCUCGCCGCUGGCAUGCUCGGAUCCACGAGACAUUGUUUUCGCCUUGACCAGCUUGUGUCCUAACUGUGGGUUGCAACCAGACUACAACUUGUCAACAGCUGCGGUGUAUACUGCCUUCUCCAGACAGCUUAUUCGACACGGCAUGUUCGAGAUGCUCCUGCAAAACCUGCAGGCCGACAGACAGUUGCAACGAAAUCAUCGCCUCGGAUUAUCUUGGAUCGUCACCAAACCCACUCUGGCCACUGAUAGUGACCUUGAAGAUUUGCCAACAUGGGCCCUUGACCUGCGGAAAGGCUUCAGACUAUUCGCGCCCAUAGAACCAUCCUCGUCACCAAGCAAAUUCCCAACAGGUCAUCCCUCCGAUGUUCGCUUUAAUCGCAAAGACGAUUCCAUCACCUGCUGCGUCUACUUCAUAGGCACCAUCGCCAAGUCAACGAAGGACAGCUUCCGUCUGAUCGAGACCGUCGUGAAUGGCGAGUACAACCGAGCAGAAGCACGAGUCAAAGUCGAAUUCCCGGAUGCACCUUUGGCCGGGAAGGGCGACAUACUGGUUGCAUUCGACCAGUCUAAGUCCACAAGGUACUCUUACUACAAUGUCAUGUUGCUCCGGAAAAUGAAAGAUAGAGAUGCGUAUGCCCUGUUGCAUUGGAGAUAUCGUGCGAGUGUGGAGUUUGUCGACAGUUUUCUAUCUCCUCCGACGGUUCAGGAGAAGAGAUUCGUUAGGAUUGUUUGA